AUGCCCCUGAUCAUGGAGGACGGGAUCAAUGUGGAUGAUCUCUUUGGAGAACCCAACUCCUUGGAGCUGGGCUUGUCCGCCGCCUCUCCAAUCAAAGGACUCCCACAAUGCUUAGAUGAGAUGCGCCUGUUAGGAUGCUGCCAGAAGAUUGCCUGGUCUCGCAUGGGAUGUAUUGCAGCUAUCUCGUCAGACGGACUCAGGGUGAUGGUUCGACAUCUCCAAUGUCGUCCAUCAGAUGGCAAAUGGAUGCUAGAGGAAGAGUCAGCGUUGACUUUAACCUUGGAGACCCACAGUGAUAAUCAAUUAGCCCAUCUGUCAUGGAACGAGACUGGCUCAGAACUGGCUGUCAUCGACUAUUCGGGUCGCAUAUGCCUCUAUUCAAUAUCCAUUGCAUUAAACAGCAUCUCGGUCUUGCGUCACGCUGAAUUUGACACCAGUGACGACGGCAGCCAGGUUAUUGGAAUGAUGUGGCUGAACUCUUCCCAACGUCAUAAUGUCCAUAUUUUUCACCAAGCAGCCAAAGUGAACGGUAGAUGGGCUUACUCUCCGUUCCGUCGACGCCCUGUCGGGCCAUUCCACCCAGUCAACAAAGGCGCCCUGAUCUGUGUGACCAGAGCCGGACAGAUCAAAAUGUUAUAUCAAAACCCUGAUAGUAAAUGGGCCGAGGCGGCAACUGAGCUGAAGAACACAGGAUACUCGGACAGGUUACUCACGCAUGCGUCCCUGACCGCGACACAAGCCGGAAUUCUUCUCGCAACCUAUUCUGCGUGCCAGAAGAUUUGUCUCUACAAAGUGCACAUCAGUUGGAACCCGCCACAGUGGGAGCCGACACAGGGCAAAAUGCCAGGCCAAUUCCCCGUCCCUACCUUCCAUUUAGUCCACUGCAAGGUGGACAUGCCCAGCAAUAUGAUGGAUGUCAACCCGGGGCCGGACCACCCCGAUCAAUCCUUGCCGUUUUCGAACUCGAUAUACUCACUCACGCGGCUAGAGAUUAUGCCAGGGCAGGUUGAUGGUCCUGCAGGGUCCGGUGCCAACCCUUGGAUCUUGGCGGUGUUAUCGAAGCCUCUCCAUGCCAUACACGACUAUCCAGAGCAGCAAGGUCCAUCGAGUAUAAUUGUCAGGUGGCAUUUAGAUUCUGCGCAGCAGACUUUGCAUCCCAAGUUUGACGAGGUGACGUCAAAAAAGAGCAACGCUCAGGUAAAGCCUAAAAUGGAGCUGCGCCGGUUGGAGGACAUCUACUGUGACAAGUUUAUUGUCUCGGUCGAUGUGGUGGAGCAUGGGGCAGUUUUGGCUCUCACUCAUGACGAUAGUUCAAUAACAUGUUAUGACACUCGGACGAUGAGCAUUCUGCCAGGAGUUGACGAUUCAAGCACAGUGACUAGUCUGGCCCAAGUUGGGUUCCAGUACCCACCCGAACCGUCAGGUCUUCAUAUUGCUUUCUCCCCCAACUCUUGCAUUGCUGCCGUUCUGGAUAGUGACGGGCAAAUGCAAUUGAGGGCGAUGGAACAUUCAUUCGGGUCCACAGAGGGUCUCUAUGAUGAGAGUAACUUCUCUGUCGCCAUUGCGGCCUUAACAUUGGCGUUCAGUCGAGGGUCUGGCGCCGAAUCCAAUACAGAUGACAUCCUCAUGGUUGCUCUUCGGCUAUUAACACCAGAGGCUCGAAUCACAUUCAUCAGCGAGGUGUAUCGCGCGUUGCCGGUGAAUUGCAAUUUCACCGUCGAACAAGACAAACUCAUGAGCAAUCCAUACAUACCACGUUGUCUCAGCUUACAAUCUGGCUUGGGCUUCGGGGGCAGGUUCAAGCCUCGUAGCCUAUCAUCGGCUGUGCCAUACGCGAUUAUCCAACUCCGACAUUCCUCUGUUCUAUUUGCAUAUUUCUUCCAAUACAAUAAAGGAGGACAAUCCGACGCUCAUGAUCCAGCUGUUCUACGCAUGGUGUUGGGCAACACCAAAUGGACACUGGACUUCUCUCACUUCCUUCUGAACGAAAUCUUCGAUAUGGCCGACGAGUUCCAAGGUAUCUUGAACGACCCAGAGGCAUUCGCCCAGAAGUUGAAGAACACAACCUCCCUCCCCCUCCUAAUUCUCCUCUCAAGCAUGUCCCGAGCCUUCCUCCGCUUCAUCUGUCGCGGUCUCCGCGGCGUCCACGCCGGCUUCGCAACCACAAACCCCGCCUCAUUACUGGGCGACUCCAGAAUCUACUACACAGAGAUCUGCCAAGCAUUAGAAUCAUCACCUGUCCGCAUCGACGUAUACGAGAAAUUCCUAGCCGGAGUCGACUCAGCAGUGAAGCACGCAUACCAAGGCGCCGGCUUCGGCGACGCCGAACGACCCGGUCCUGAAAAGGAACUACUAGUCAACGCGCGCAUCCCAUCCGUUCUCAUCACGGCCGUCGCCACGCUCUUCGGACAGACAGUCCCGGCGCUCAGAUCGGAAAUCAAUCGCAUGGCGAUUUACCUUGGGGACUAUAGCUGGCUUGGCUUUGGGAAUGACCGCCGCACGGCAAUGUACCGCAGACAGCGCGAGGUCGAUAUCGUCAAGAAAUGUCCGCUGCGUCCGCCGUUGCCGUUGGGGAACGAUGGUCGUGUGGCGCCGUCGAAAAAGCGGAGAUGUGCGCGCUGCUGUGAGGUCUCGGGUGAUACGAGUCUGCCCCGGUCGAUGUUGUCGUUCAAGAUGAUUGCUAAGCUGGGCUUGUUACGGUCUUGUAUUUGUGGGGGGAUGUGGGUUCUGGAGACGGAUACUGGGGAGCUUGGAACCGGAAGCGCCGGUGUAGGCGGCAAUGGUCCUGGGCAUGGCAUUGGGAUCAACCAGGCCUAG